AUGGCUACAUUAGGUGAUAACAAAGACAAUGAUGUGGUAUCCAAUUUGAAGCAUGAAAGAAUGCUUAGCAUGAAAGGAGGCAAAGGUGAAGCUAGCUAUGUCAACAAUUCUCAAGCCCAGGUUGAUGGAUUAUCUCCAAAGGUUGCAUUGGGGGAUUUUAUUGAUGUAGAUAGGGAUGUGCAAAUUAUUUUUCUUCAGGAAGAAGGGUUUGUGCUAUUCCACCCGACUGCCUUGGCUGAUGAAGGCCUUCCCAUCAGACCAUCAAAUGCCAGAGAGAAUGCUUUUCUGAUAACUGAAGCUGUCAGAGGUGAUGGAGGGAUUCUUUACAACUUAGAUAUGGAGAGAUUUAUGCCAUCGUAUGAUGAAAGAGCCGAGCUUGCCCCGAGAGAUGUGGUAGCAAGAAGUAUUGAUGACCAGCUCAAAAAGCGUGGUGAAGAGUAUGUUCUUGAUAUCAGUCACAAGCCCAAAGAGAAGAUUCUUUCUCAUUUUCCUAACAUAGCUGCUGAGUGUCUCCGCUAUGGGUUAGACAUAACACAGCAGCCGAUUCCAGUGGUUCCCGCAGCUCACUACAUGUGUGGUGGAGUCCGUGCUGGGCUCGAAGGUGAGACUAAUGUACGAGGUCUUUAUGUGGCAGGUGAAGUUGCAUGUACUGGUUUGCAUGGUGCAAACCGACUUGCUAGCAACUCCUUGGCUGAAGAACUAGUGUUUGCACGAAGAGCUGUACAGCCUUCAAUAGAUCACAUGAACCUAUCUAAAAUCGGUCACAGUGCUUCAAAUUGGUGGCAGCGGCCUGUAGCACCCUUGUUACUAGGAGAUACAGUAGUUAACAAAGUCAUUCAUCAGACAAGGGAAGUGAGGAAAGAACUACAGUCAAUCAUGUGGGAAUACGUUGGAAUUGUUCGUUCUACCUCACGACUAACCCUUGCAGAAACCAGAAUCAUAGAGUUGGAGUUAAAAUGGGAACAAUACCUAUUUCAGCAUGGCUGGGAACCGACUAUGGUUGGUUUAGAGGCUUGCGAGAUGAGGAAUCUCUUCUGUUGUGCGAAGCUGGUUGUUAGCAGUGCCCUUUCCCGACAUGAGAGUCGUGGGCUUCAUUAUACCAUUGACUUCCCUCACGUCGACGAAAGCAAGAGGUUGCCUACAGUAAUUUUUCCUUCGUAGCUAAAUAGCUCGCGGCAAUUACAUAAGCAGCAGAUAUGUUAGAUAUGCCAUUCUCAUUACUUUUGGAGGUGAAGUUAUUCUUUGAUGAACUAUUACUAAUUAUAUGCUUAUACUAUAUAUAACUAAAUUAUAGAAGCAAGAAGAGAGGAACUUGAGCACACUCAAGUUUAAUUUUAGGCCCUUUGUUAAAAUUGUGCAUUGUUUACUUGUAAUGUAUGAUAGUAGGCUCCCUAAUGAAAAAUCACCAGUUAUCUUUCUCA